CCAGCCUCCAAGCCCGUCAGACCCUCCCCGGCAGGCUCCUCCCCGCAUGACGCUGAUGCCCAGAGGCCCCGCGGCCCCUGCCCUCCCUCAGAAUUCUCUUCCCUUUGAGGCCCCGCCCCAGGCUUUUCUUUCCGGGGGCGCCCCUUUGGUUAUGUGUGCCCGCCCCUUGGCAUCCCCUUCUGGUUUAGAGGCCGUCGCAAGGAAUUGAGGGACAUGUGCACCUUCUCCCGUAGGGAAACUGAGACCCAGCAAGGAGAUGUGAUAAUGGAUCAUCAUGUUUCUACCAUCAAGCCUCGAAGAAUCCAAAACCAAAAUGUCAUUCACCGCUUGGAACGCCGGCGGAUCAGUUCAGGCAAGGCAGGUACCCAUUGGCACCAAGUCCGAGUGUUCCAUCAGAAUGUCUUUCCCAACUUCACAGUUGUCAACGUUGAAAAGCCUCCUUGUUUCUUGCGUAAAUUCUCACCUGAUGGACGCUACUUUAUUGCUUUUUCUUCAGACCAGACAUCUCUUGAAAUCUAUGAGUACCAGGGCUGCCAGGCAGCAGAGGACCUACUGCAGGGAUACGAAGGAGAAAUCCUGUCCAAUGGCAAUGACCAGCGGUCAGUGAAUAUCCGGGGCCGGCUCUUUGAACGCUUUUUUGUCCUGCUGCACAUUACCAAUGUUGCGGCCAAUGGUGAGCACCUGAACCGGGAGUGUAGUCUCUUCACUGAUGACUGCCGCUGUGUCAUCGUGGGCUCAGCUGCCUACCUCCCAGAUGAGCCUCACCCUCCAUUUUUUGAGGUAUAUCGGAACAGUGAAUCAGUGACCCCCAACCCACGGUCCCCUCUAGAAGACUAUUCCCUCCACAUCAUUGACCUUCACACUGGCCGCUUAUGUGAUACACGCACGUUCAAGUGUGACAAGGUGGUCUUGUCACACAACCAAGGGCUGUACUUGUACAAAAACAUCCUGGCCAUCUUGUCUGUGCAACAACAGACCAUCCAUGUCUUCCAGGUGACUCCUGAAGGCACUUUCAUUGAUGUGCGGACCAUUGGCCGCUUUUGCUAUGAGGAUGACCUGCUCACUGUGUCAGCUGUUUUCCCUGAGGUACAGCGGGACAGUCAGACAGGCAUGGCCAAUCCCUUUAGGGAUCCUUUCAUCAAUUCCCUCAAACACCGGUUGCUGGUAUAUUUGUGGCGCCGGGCAGAACAGGAUGGUAGUGCAAUGGCCAAGCGGCGCUUCUUCCAGUAUUUUGACCAACUGCGGCAGCUGCGAAUGUGGAAAAUGCAGCUUCUGGAUGAAAACCACCUGUUUAUCAAGUACACUAGUGAGGAUGUAGUAACACUGCGAGUCACAGAUCCAUCACAGGCAUCUUUCUUUGUGGUGUACAAUAUGGUGACGACAGAGGUGAUUGCUGUGUUUGAGAAUACAUCAGAUGAGCUUUUGGAGCUCUUUGAGAACUUCUGUGACCUUUUUCGUAAUGCUACCCUGCACAGUGAAGUUCAAUUUCCCUGCUCAGCUUCUAGCAACAAUUUUGCAAGGCAGAUCCAGCGCCGGUUCAAAGACACUAUUAUAAAUGCCAAGUAUGGAGGGCACACAGAGGCGGUACGCCGGCUGCUGGGUCAGCUCCCCAUCAGUGCUCAGUCUUACAGCGGUAGCCCCUAUCUGGAUUUGUCUCUCUUCAGUUAUGAUGACAAGUGGGUAUCUGUCAUGGAGCGGCCCAAGACUUGUGGAGAUCACCCAAUCAGACGGAGUCUCUGUCUGUUGCCCAGGCUCGAGUGCAAUGGCACGAUCUCGACUCACUGCAACAUCUGCCUCCCAGGAUCAAGCAAUUCUCCUGCCUCAGCUUCCCAAGUAGCUGGGAUUAUAGGCACCCGCCACCACACCUGGCUAAUUUUUGUAUUUUUGUAGAGACGGGAUUUCACCAUGUUGACCAGGCUGGACUCGAAAUCUUGACCUCAGGUGAUCCACCCACCUCAGCCUCCCAAAGUGCUGGGAUUACAGGCUUGAGCUACCGUGCCUGGCCCAGUCAUUUUUAUUCUGUAGGUUCUUCUUCCCCCUUUUAUUUUCUUUGCAAUGAAAUUAUUGAGGAAAACAGGUUGUUUUUCCUCUAGCAUUCUCCAAAUUCUAGAUUUUGCUUGUUACAUCCCUGGGAUAGUAUUUACUGUAUUUCUUAUUUACCCAUAUGUCCUGUAAAGCGGGAAUGAGAUUUAGAAGGUCAAACAACCCACUUUAAAUUAUAAUCCCUUUGUGUUUGGGGAUUGUGGGAGUAAGGCUAUGUGUUUUUUAUACAUAAAAAAGAUGGGCCUCAUCUGAUAUGAGUCAAGUACCAUGAGAUACAUUUCUCUCUCCUUUCUGACUUUCCUACCUUUCUAAUUGGAGAAGAUGAAUCUAAAAUUUGGAAAUGGUAUUGCUCCUGAAUAAAGGGGUUUCUCUUAUAAUUCUUCUUUAUAUUUUUAAUUUAAAAUGAGAAAUAUAAGGAUAUUAAUGGCAUUUGAAGAGAGAAUGCCAUUCCUCCAAUAUCUGUAUUGUAUAAUCCAGUCUAGUCUUUGUCAAUAUGCAUAUUUACAUUUACACAGUUGUAAUCACGGUUAGCAUCAUUUUUUGUAGUCCGUUUUUAUUUUAUAAACGUUAGUUCAUGUUGUUAUUAUACAUAGUCCUCACAAUUACAGUCCUAAUGAAGGCGUAUUAUUCUAUCAAAUAGAUGUACCGUGAUUUAUUUAACUAUUCCCCCACCACUGAGCAUUUAUUCUCUUUCUACAUUUUUACAUUAAAACAAAUGCCAUAGUAGUCAUCUUUAUUCAUGUACUAGUUAUUUCACUUAAAUCAAAUUCUGAGGAUAUGAAUUCUUGGAUAUGAGAUUAUUGAGUCAAAAGGUAUAAAUAUCUUUAGGUCUGCUUAUAUACUGAAUUUCCAAAAGGAGAUUAUAGGACUCUUUAAUUCAGGGCUUUUUAUUUUCUGGAAUCCUCCCUGCCACCUCACCCCCACCUGCCUCAGCCAUUCAGCCUCCACUCACUAAUCAUCUGUAGUUCCCCAAACCACAGGGCAUUUAUUUUGCAUAUGACAAAGGCAUUUAAAUACUAGGAUGGAUGGAAGCAUCUUUAGUCUCACAUAUUAGAUGAAAAAUUAAACACUACUUAGUAUUUUGUUUCUGUGCAUGAAAAAGAACCUUUUAAAGGAAUUUAUUCUUAAAUAUGAAAAACUCAAAGGUGAGCCUAGAUCCACACUGUCCAAUAUGGUAGACACUAGCCACAUGUGGCAGUUGGGUACUUAGGUACUUAAAAUGUGGCUAGUUCAAGUUGAGAUGUGCUCAAGUGUCAAAUACAUACUAGAUUUCCAAAAAAAAAAAAAAAAAAAUCUCACUAAUAGUUUGAUAUUGAUUAUAGGUUGAAAUAAUAUUUUAGAUAUAUUGGAGUAAAUGAAAUGUACUAUUAAAAUUUCCCCUUUUUAUUUUUAUUUUUUAAAUAUGGCUACCUGAAAAUUUAAAAUUACACACGUGGCUUGCAUUUCAUUUUUAGCCCUGGCCUAGACAAUCUUGAGGCAGGAGCAUCUGGAAGUGGAGAGGCUAUAAUUAAGGCUGUAAAACUGAGUCAUCUCAGGAAAGAGAAAUGACCAGUGACUCAGUGCAACAUAGUGAAAUUUAUAAUCACUCUUCACUAAAUGAGCUGGUCAUACCAGGGUGAUUUUAUAGUUCUGAUAACCUGGGGCUGAUAUAAGAGGCGAUUUCAUUAAUAAGGUAAAAUAAUGAGUUGCCACAUUCCCCUGCUGUCUAGAUUUCAGUUUGAUGGUGAAUAUCAAUACUGUCCCCUCUUUCUCUGUCUCUGUCCUUGU